AUGCCGACAAGCGUGCCUAGAGAGUCUGCUUUGGGAGUUUGCAAGCAGUGCCAGGUGCACGAUGCAGUGGAAAAUGUCCGGUCUCGACCUAUGUGCAAGGACUGCUUCUGCAAAUAUAUCGCAACAAAGGCUGUGAAGCGCAUGGAAAAGUUUCGCACAAGAUUCUCUACUGCAGGUCAGCAACGAAUGCUACUGCUUCCUCUCUCGAUGGGCGUAUCCUCAUUGGCGCUGCUACACUGUCUGGACGAGCAACUCAAACGACAGAUCGAAAACACAGGACGUACUGGUUUCGCAUUGCAAGUGCUGCACGUAGACAUGACUGCCGUUGUGCCUGAAGGUCCUUCGGCAACAGAUCUGGACGCUGUCAAAGAACGCUAUCCGACACACGAAUACACAUCAAUUCCCAUAUCAUCAGUCAUGGAAGUGGAAGACGUACAAGAGCUACUCAAACAAUACGGCAUCGACACACCCGCGACCCUCAACGACGGCAUCGAGAACACAAACCUCCAAUCCCUACAGAACCUCCUCCAAGCCAUUCCUACCGCUACAGCCCGCGCCGAUGUCCUCCAAAUCCUCCUCCACAAACUCAUAGUCGAUUUCGCAAAAGCAGAUACUUGUGAAGCCAUUGUCUGGGGCGAUAGUACAACACGCCUGGCCGAGAAAACACUAGCCGAAACCGCUAAAGGAAGAGGAUUUGCGCUUGCAUGGUUGGUCUCGGACGGCCCUUCACCCUACGAAAUCGACUUCUACUAUCCUCUACGCGACCUACUGAAGAAAGAAAUCCACGCCUUUGCUAAAUACGUGAAUCCACCUCUAACACCUUUGGUCGCGCCAGAAGCACCGCUGGAAACUGUAGUCAGCGCAAAACACAGCACUAUUGAUGGACUCAUGCGCAACUACUUUGACGCUGUCGAGAAGAACUAUCCCAGUAUUGUUGCCAAUGUGGUUAGAACUACGGCAAAGCUCGCGGCUCCAAGUGUUGGAGCUGGAGAUGCGAGUUGCAGUCUUUGCGGUUUGCCUUUGCUGUUGACGCCGAGGACGGAAGAGGGCUUAGUUGCUGAGGGCAAGGCGCCUCCGCCAUUGUGCUAUGGCUGUAUGAGGAGUGUGCCCAUGUUUUCUCCUUGA